UUCUCUUUCUGGUCUGUCACCCGUCCCCAACCCGUUUCCUGUUUUUUGUCAACAAAUAAAUACCUCCCACGUUCCUUCAGCUCCAGCAGGCUUAUAAAGAACCCUACAGCUUUCUCGCACCAUUGACUUUCCCAUAUUGCAACUCAGAGAACACCUUGCAAUGGACAAAUUCCUUGCCCCUCAUACUCCUGAAGCUGUUGCCCAUUCGCAUGUCUCGCAGAACUCUUGGGACAUACACAGUCAUCAUCUAGAUUUUUUCGACGAAAGCCUUGUGGCGUGCAGUGCUUCAUACCAUGCCUUUGAUUGCUACCUUAGUGGCGCCGAUCUUUUUAUCCUUCCCCGAACUCGGUCAGAACUCGAGAGCGUUUUAAGAAGGUACUCUUACGACAGCAUCCAUAAUGCCAUAUCGAGGAGUCGCUCUACAUUGCAACCUGGAGGUUAUAGUCGAGUAUGCCACCACGCCGAGGCAUCCAUCAGGAAUGUACUCAACACCGGAGAUAAUGUCGCUACCCUUCUUUCCAUAACGAAAUGACACGCAUGUCCCCCCAUAGUUUUUCCACUCAAUGUUACUUAUCUCCCCAUCUGUAUAAAUCAUCGUCGGCUGACAUCUUGAUAUUUAUUUGCCGUAUCAACUUCUUGUAUCACUGUACAUGUUAUCGUAGUCCUGUGCUUGUAAUUUUCCAACUUAGCCGGUUUUUGUGAAGCGCGGUGUAUGUAACAGUG